GAGGAUGUUCCAUUGCAAUUCUCAGGUGUCGCCGAACAAGCAAACGCAGCAGAGCUUUCAGCUGCAGCAGCUGCUGUGGCUGCCCUGCCACCGCCGCCAGCGAUCGAACCGCGAUAUCCCAAACCCCAGGAUGCUGCAGCUUGGGUCUCACAGCAACUGCUAGACAAGCAGCGGGUUGAGCUGGAUUCGACUAUGGCUGACGUGCUGCCGACUUUGGCUCAUUUGCCGACAGACCUUCAAGCAGCGGCGCCACUUAACUGCCAAGGAUUGCUCUGUUGUGCCACCGCGGUAUGGAAGCGUCUGAGUCAUAAAAGUUGCGCAGACAUGUGGAAGGAUGUCAGAUCCGUCUUGGUAAGCCGGAAGACCCACGGUUCAAAGCUGGCUGCUGCUUUGCGAGCUCGGCUUCUUGGUGAAGACGGAGGUGAGAGUUAUCCCUGCUUGGAGUUGAAAAUGGCUGGGAAGAGCGCCUGCAAGGAGGCAGCGAUUGCCACGAAGAUACUCCAGAGAAGCUUCAAAGCUCAAAGCCCUCCAGGCUUUGCUGCUCGAUUCGAGCAGUUUGAAGGAUACCGAGCUCGCGGCCUCGUAUUGACCAUUGUGAGGUGUGGCCUGGAGGUGAGAUGGGCCAAACCAGCAUGA